UAGUUAACGACUGUGCGCCGCGCUUGCGAAUAGUAAUUUCACCAAGAUAUUGUGAUAUUUACGCGGACGUCAGAAAAUCAACAGAAAUAUUGCCGGUUUAAACAAAAAUGGGUACAUACUUGUCAAAACCAAUUACAAAGAAAGUGUCGAGCGACGAAGUAGGCAAGAAUGUCGCAUUCGGCGCGAGUUCCAUGCAAGGCUGGCGAAUUAGUCAAGAGGAUGCACAUAAUUGUUGUAUAGAUUUUGAUGAAAAUGUGUCAUUAUUUGCUGUAUACGAUGGUCACGGUGGUCAUGAAGUAGCAACAUACUGUGCAAGUAAUCUCCCCGAUUUUAUUAAACAGACUGAGGCAUAUAAAAAAGGAGAUAUUCGACAAGCUUUAAUGGAUGCCUUUCUAGGCUUUGAUGCUACACUUGAAAAACCUGAAAUAGUUAGUAUUCUCAAAGAACUUGCAGGAACAUCUACUUCAGAUAAAAAAAAAGAUGAAUCAAAUGAAUCUGAUGAAGAAGAAAAUGUUAAUAAUCUAUGUAUGGAGGCAACAAUGCCAUUGGAAGAAGUAAUGGCUAAAUAUCAAUCAGAAUCAAAUCCUAAUGCAAAAAAUUUUAAAAAUGAGAAAUGCAAUAAACGAGCAUCUUCAGCAAGUCCUUAUUUACGUGGUCGAAAAGGUAAAGAAAAAGCAAGCUCCUCAUCAUCUGGUGCAGGAUGUUCAUCAUCUUCGUCUUCAUGGAAUACAAAUGAAACCGAUGUGAGUAGUUCCAGCCAACCAUGUGGAUCAACUUUGUCUAGUACAAUGGAAAGAAAAGAAUCAGAAUGUACUGGAAAUAACGAAGCUGAACAAGUUCUUGAUUCAACUACAAGUAAUAGAAAUGCACAUACAUCUGCACCAGUAGAAUCAACAGCGGAUGUUGAAGCAACGAAAAGUGCAGAUAUGCCUGAUAGUUCUGAAGAUGUAAACAAAAAAGUUACUAGCCCUGGUAAAAUUACAUGUACAGAAUCAAAUGCAAAUGAAGUAGAAUUAAAUGGUGCAGAAUCAAAACGAAUUGAAGAUGCAGAUAGUAGUAAAGGUGGGGGUGAUAAUGUAUCAAGCAGUUCAUGUACCCCAGUAGAAAAUGGAGAUGCAGGACAACAAGAACGAAUAACUAGUACAGGUAGAAGAAGAAUUCAACCUGUUACUUUAUAUCAUACCCUUUUAAAAAAAGAUAAUGAGGAUUCUGAAGAUGACGAUGAUGAUGAAAAUGAUGAAACAUUUGAUGGAGUUCCAGAAAGUUUUAGUGAUGAAGAUGAUGUGGAAGAUAUUGAUGAAGAUGAAAGUGAUGAAGAUGAAGAUGAAGAAGGUGAAACUGGAGAUACUAAUAUUGAUGAUGAUGAUGAUGAUGACGAUGAUAGUGAAAGUCUUAUGAUGGAUAUAGAAGAGCCAGGUUAUGAUAGUGGAUGCACUGCAGUAGUUGCAGUUUUAAAGGGCAAUGAAUUAUAUGUAGCAAAUGCUGGAGACUCUCGUUGUGUUUUAUGUAGAGAUGGUCAAGCUAUUGAGCUUAGUUUAGAUCACAAGCCUGAAGAUGAACCAGAAAUGGAACGUAUAGUAAAAGCUGGUGGAAAAGUUACAGCUGAUGGUAGAGUGAAUGGGGGCCUUAAUUUAUCAAGGGCACUUGGGGACCAUGCUUAUAAACAGAAUGUAAAUUUACCACCACAAGAGCAAAUGAUUUCUGCACUUCCUGAUGUGAGGCAUAUCACUGUUGAACCAGAGAAAGACGAAUUUAUGGUGCUUGCUUGUGAUGGUAUUUGGAACUUCAUGUCAAGUCAAGAUGUUGUACAAUUUAUCUGUACCCGUUUAACACAAAAUUAUGAUAAAUUGUCAAAAAUAUGUGAAGAGCUAUUUGAUCACUGUCUUGCACGUGACACCUGUGGAGAUGGUACAGGAUGCGACAAUAUGACAGCAGUAAUAGUGCGGUUUCAACCAUCAGUUAAUGCUGUUACAAAUAGCACUAUUGCUGAAAUAUGUACUGCCAAAAGAUCAGUAUCGCCAUCUAUAUCCACAGAAGAAAAUAAUGAUUGUAUUGUGCAGGAAGAUGCAAUGAAAUCUUGUAAACGUCUUAAAACCGAAGCAACAAUGUGAGAGCUGUAUUAAAUGUUAUGAACUGUU